ACACUAGUGGGCGUUCCUUCACGGGAGGCGGGGCUUCUCGCAGGUGGAGAUGUACGGAGUACGAAGUGGAGGAAGAUUCACAGCGUGAGCUGGAGACGAGCAGAAAAAGUCCAUUCGAAGGUUAUGUGGCUCGGUCACGGAGGGUGGUCGUCCUCAUUGACAGCGAGAUGACGGGACGACCGGUUUGCAUUCGGACAGGCAGUUAGGAGCGCGUGCUCCUCUGCACAGUAAAUCCCCAAAUACUCGGGACCAGGACUGCAUUUUACCAAGCUGUGUCUCUCUGCUCUCAGGGCCCAGGAUGCCCAAGGAACCAAGGGGGAAUGACCAAGGGAGUGUAGGGGAGUGGGAACGCACCUCCCGCCCAGCCAGUAAAAAUGCUAAGGACAAAAGCAACAGCGCCGCCCUUUUGGCCUCUAGAGCAAGAGCACACACAGUACAAGAAACUAAAGGACGCGACUCUGGCUGCUCUGAGAAAGAUUCUGGUUACUCUGACACUGCCUCAGACUCAUUGCAGACAGAUGCAGAUGACCAGCAGAGUAAUGUCAAUGAGCCUCAGGUUCACAAGGGUUUGGGUGGGGGAGACCAGGGCCCUUUACAGGGAAGACACCUGCUGGUGCCUGGGACGUCUGAACUCACUCCCAUAUUCAUCAUUAAAAAUGUGGUGUUUAAACAGCCAGGACAGUCUGGUCAGGAACACAUCCUCCCUUCAUCUCUGUCCUGGGGAGGAGGUGCUACAGGCAGUCAAGGCCCCACCCAUGUCCUCCUGCUACAACAACCUGGCAACAAUCAAAGCGCCCCGUUGCACGUUCUCAAACCUCAGUCACAGAGAACCGACAGCAAGAGUGGAAAGAAGAGCAAAAACACUUAUCUCCCCAUCCUAAACUCUUACCCUCGAAUCGCACCACACCCGAGUAAGAAAACACAGGAGAAGACUUCCACCAGCAGGGGGAGUAACACAGAGGAGCACAGCCUGAGUAAAAGAGUAUGCACAGAGAACAAGCGAGAGGAAGUGUCCACAACCACGCAAACGCCCAAGCAACAUGCGCAUAAGCAGCAAGAGUGCAACGCGUCGUUCCGAUCGCAUCAGCACCCGUGUCGCCCAUCUAGUCCCUCCCUCAGCGUGAGCUCUCCAUCCGUCUCGAGCACUCAGACUCCUUCUCCGCCCUCCUCUAAUGAUCCAACCGUGCCUCACAUCCAGGCCAGGAAGGAGUCGCAUAAGAAUAGUCAAGUACCGCCCGGUAGUGGUGACCCUGGCGAAAGAUCGAAAGCUCCGAACGGGACGGGGCGUCAUCGACGGUUCCUCAACACGGUGGAGAUUCUGAGCCAGUCUGGUCUGCUUGACAUCACAUUGAGGACACAGGAUCUGCUACGCCAAAACGCCACCACCGAACGAGACAUAGCCCAGCUCAGACAACAUGCCCAGCUACUUUGCCAGGCCGCCCAAGCGAAUGCAGCAGCACCGGCUGUCUGGGAGAAACUCCAUCAGGUCAUGGCUGACUCAGGACACUAUCCCAACCUCAAGUGCCUGUGGAUAGACGGCAGCGAGGUUGAGGCGGCAACCAGCACCAAUCCUGAUACUCCUGUCAUGGAGUAUGGACUCAAUGGGACUGAAGACAUGGCACCCCCGUCACCUAUCCUAGCUCUCAUUUCUGAUGCAGAAUGGCGGUCAACUGAUGAUAGCGGCAUCACACGAGUGCACAGAGGAACUGCAAGUUCUCCAGAGGAGCGAGUGAUGCCUCCAGAUAGCUCGACACAUGGAAACUUGCAUUAGGCCGCGCUCUGUAUUUUAGGACUAGGCUCAAUGAUAGCAUUUUGACUGUAAUGUGUACUGUACCUUCCUACAUCAAUCAUGCAUGAAUCCACAUCAGCAAUGCCUGAGAGACAUGCCGAAUGUAAUGCAUAUGCUAGAUACCACUUCUUAGUUUUGUUAUCUUUUGAACAUAGCCAGUUUGCAACACUUAAACCUAGCCAGAAGGAUCAGACACAAUCCGUUACCUGCUUGCUCAUCUUGACGAAGAACAUAGUUAACUUUUAAUGAAAUCCCAUCUUUAAGAGCUGCAGGGUGGUGCAUGAUUUCCCAAAAGUCAUGUGAAAUAUGGAAAGCCAAAACUUGGGACAGUAGAAUAUGGAAAUUUCAAAGUAAUCUUGGCUGGCAUUACUAAGGUCCAUAAAGCUUGUUUUCUUUGCAGUAUGUGCUUAUAUAAAUCUUAUUGCAUUGAUCUGUUUUACAUUUUCACUUUGGACCAAGAUGCUUAUUAUUCAAGUCUUAGAGUUUUCUAAAUCUUUAUGUUAGCUUUUGUUUGAUCACAGAGGCUUUGUAUUUGUGAUAGAUUGGUGUUAUGUACCAGACUUGAUUUAUUCUGCAACAUGUUUUGCAUUUAAUCCCCAUUAUUGCACCAUUUUUGGGUCACGUUUGAUACAACACAGCACUAAAAAGAUUAGUUUAGUUGUGGUAUUUUCAAUUGUUUACUUCCUAGUUAUGAGUGUCACUGAUCUUUUUUCUAAGGAAGCUGUCAGGUACUCAAGAUUUUUACAGCAAUAAAUUGUCCGUCACUCACACAGCCGGUUGUAUAAGUCAUUAACAUAUUAUAAUUUAGUUGUAGAUGUUUCUGUAGCUCGGUUGGUGGAGCAAAGGUUGUCGGUUCGAUUUCCUGAGAAAAUACAGAUAAGAAACAUUUACUCUAAAUGCUUUGGAUAAAGGGUCAAAUAUGUUAAUGUAAGACACUUCAGCAACAGUCAUUUAAUCAUUAAACACAUUUUACUAUUUACCAUUGAUAACAUUUAUCAAAAAUGACACCAUAUAUGCAGAUUGAUUCAUAAGGUUUUGUGGCCUGUGACUUCUUGAUUAUGAUUGGACUGAUUUUCCAUCUAUCUUUAAGUUCUUUACAUAGAUUUUGAUGGUGCACACAGUUUUAUUUCUGCUCAGAAUAAAUAGUGUGUGUGUGUUUGAUGGACAUCUGAAGCAGAAGAGUCUGUGUUUAAAAUAAAAUACAGAAAAAAAUGCUA